AGCCUGAGCGCUGCCUUCACACACACACACACACUCGUCUCUGAAUCUCACGCUGCAGCAUCGUGUGUGUGUCUCAAGAUGAGCGUCUUCAGGCUCACUGUGUGAGGAAAUUCUCUGUCCAUCCAGCAUGUCUUCCCCAGGCUCGGCCGACAGCAGCAAGAGGAAUUCCUCGGAGCUGGACGCUCAGAGGGUCCCUGAAGCGGAGGCUGGUCAGCAGCAGCAGGUGAAGUGGAAGGACAGGCAGAAGUUUUUUGAGGAGGCGUUUCAGCAGGACAUGGAGCACUACCUGUCCACAGGAUACCUGCAGAUCGCCGAGAGGAGAGAGCCAAUAGGAAGCAUGUCGUCUAUGGAGGUGAAUGUGGACAUGCUGGAGCAGAUGGACCUGAUGGACAUGUCUGACCACGAGGCUCUGGAUGUUUUUCUCAACUCAGGAGGAGAAGACAACAGCGCAGCUUCGCCUAUGCUGGGGCCAGAUGUGGAGUCCUUCACCACUGAGAUCACACUGCAGGUUCCCACGCAGGCUGAGCUCAGGCACAAACUGGCCUCCCUCUCGUCCACCUGCACCGACUCAGCCAGCCAGGACACAGAAGCCGGAGAGGAAGAGGAGGAUGAUGAAGAGGAGGAGAGAGGGGGAGGAGGAGGAGGAGGACCCCAGCUGGUGCGGAGAGAUGAGGAAAGUGUGUGUGGAGAUGCUUCCCAACCACAGGCAGGACAGCAGAGUCAAAGAGCCAAGAACUGUGCAAAGGGCGACUCUUUAGCCACAUAGAUGAAGAGAAGAUGGAUGGAUGGAUGAAGGAAAGUGUUUUCUAAAACUGUGCUAUGCAUCCGGUGUACAAAAGAAGGGGUGAUUUGUGUGUUUUAUCAUAUUUUUGGUUUUUGUACAGGAAGUCCUCGUUUCGUGCCGUGCAGUGUUUUACCCGACUCUCCUACUAAAUAAAUGUUUCUCCCUCCAGCUGCGGCGUUCACCUGUUUAAAUGAAAUCCAUUUAUUAAAGGGUCUCAUCCUA